GAGGGGGAAUAGGAUAGACCCCUCAUUCUUACAUUACUACUUUGCUGAGUGUUUGUUUCUUUCAGUUCAGAAUCUGGGCCGUCCCUACUGGCUGACACUAGCUCCUAUGUACAUUUGGAUCAUGAUUUUCUUCAGUCAGCCCCACAAAGAAGAGAGGUUCCUCUUUCCCAUCUACCCUCUCAUCUGUCUCUGCAGUGCUGUGGCUCUGUCUGCUCUUCAGAAAUGUUACCACUUCAUGUUCCAGCGCUACCGCCUGGAACACUACACAGUCUCCUCCAACUGGCUGGCUCUAGGGACUGUCUUUCUCUUUGGCCUUUUGUCAUUGUCACGCUCUGUUGCCUUAUUCAGAGGCUACCAUGGGCCCCUGGACCUGUACCCAGAAUUUCACAGGAUUGCUAUUGACCCAAGUAUUCACACUGUGCCAGAGGGGAGACCGGUUAAUGUGUGCGUGGGAAAGGAGUGGCACAGAUUUCCAAGUAGCUUUCUCCUGCCAGAUAAUUGGCAGCUCCAGUUCAUCCUGUCAGAAUUCAGGGGCCAGUUACCAAAACCCUUUGCUAAGGGACCAAUGGCCACACGGAUCAUUCCCACUGACAUGAAUGACCAAAACAAGGAAGAGCCAUCUCGAUAUAUUGACAUUUCCAAAUGCCACUACCUGGUGGACUUGGAUACAGAAGCCAAAACCCCAAGGGAGCCAAGGUAUUCUUCCAACAAAGAAGAGUGGGUAACCAUUGCCUACAAGCCAUUCCUAGAUGCUUCCAGGUCCUCAAAGCUGCUGCGUGCAUUCUACGUCCCUCUCCUCUCAGAACAGUACACAUGGUAUGCAAACUAUACUAUUCUGAAAUCCAGGAGGUUGAAGCAAACCAGGAAGAAAAUGGGAGGCUAG